AUGAAAUGUGUAGCCUUACAAGAAAUUAGAUGGGAAGAUACUGGAAAAACUAAAGUAUCCCAAACAACCAUUUUUAAUGGGAAAUAUGAACACCCUCACAAAUUAGGAACAGGAUUUGCAAUACACGAAUCAAUAAUCCACACAGCUAAAGAAUUUAAAGAUAUAAACCCAAGAAUUUCGACCAUAACAAUAAAAUCUAAAAAUUUGGAUAUGAUUUUGAUAAAUGCUCACGCACUAACAGAAGAGAAGGAUGAAGACGAAAAGGAUUUGUUCUAUGCGACACUAGCAGAUGUAUUUGCUUCUUCAACUGGUAUAAUAAAGGUAGUACUUGGCGAUUUUAACGCUAAGCUAGACCGAGAUAUAUGCUAUAAAAAAGUUGUUGGAAACCAUAGCCUAUACGAAAGUACGAAUGAUAAUGGUGUAAAACUGAUUGAUUUUGAAAUAGAAAAUGGUCUGGUGAUAAAAAGCACUAUGUUACCAAAGAAAGAUAUACACAAAUAUACACGGGGAUCUCUAGACGGGAAGUAUAAAAACCAAAUAGAUUAUGUACUAGUAAACUCCAGAUUUAAAAAUAGCAUAUUGAAUAUAAGAACAAGGCGUGGAGCAAACAUUGGAUCUGAUCACUUACUACUAGGCAUAGAGUGA